AGACAGAACCGGUACCGAGUCAGUUGCAUCUGGAGAGGAACCGGUUGGUUCUGACCUGUAUGGCCGAGGGUAGCUGGCCUCUGGAAUUUAAAUGGAUCCACAAUGACACAGAGAUCACUCAUUUCUCACUGGAGUACAGGUAUUUGAUACCAUCUCUGGACAGAUCGCACGCUGGCUUCUAUAGGUGUAUUGUGAGGAACAGAGUUGGAGCGUUGUUACAGAGGAGAACCGAAGUACAAGUGGCAUACAUGGGAAGUUUUGAGGAAGGGGAACGAGUCCAAGCCAUAUCCCAAGGAGAGGGAGCAGUCAUACCAGCACCACACAUACACUGUUUCCCACAGCCACAGGUUACAUGGUUCAGAGAUGGACGCAAAAUCCCUCCCAGCAGUCGGAUAGCCAUCACCCUGGACAAUACACUGGUCAUCCUGUCCACAGUGGCCCCAGAUGCUGGAAGAUACUACGUACAAGCUGUAAAUGACAAGAAUGGAGAAAACAAGACUGGCCAGCCCAUAACACUGUCUGUAGAAAAUGUUGGUGGUCCUGCAGACCCCAUUGCUCCUACCAUUGUGAUCCCACCAAGAAAUACCAGCGUUAUCUCAGGAACCUCUGAGGUCACCAUGGAGUGUGUGGCCAAUGCAAGGCCAUUAAUAAAGUUGAGUAUCAGUUGGAAGAAGGAUGGUAUUCUGGUGAGGAGUGGACUGAGUGAUUUUAACCGUAGACUGACAAUUUUGGGUCCAGUGGUCAGUGACUCUGGCUUCUACGAGUGUGAAGCUGUUCUCCGUAGCAGCAGCGUUCCCUCUGUCAGCGCUGGAGCGUACCUUCAUGUGCUCGAACCGCCUCAGUUUGUUAAGGAACCAGACAAACACAUCACAGCUGAGAUGGAGAAAGUUGUGGAUAUACCCUGCCAGGCCAAAGGAGUCCCUCAGCCUGAUAUUGUAUGGUAUAAGGAUGCAGUUUCCAUCAGUCCAGUGAAGACCCCACGCUACAGAGUGCUGGCAGGGGGCAGCCUGCAGGUGAACGGCCUUCUGCCUGAUGACACCGGAAUGUUCCAGUGUUUUGCCCGCAAUCAGGCGGGAGAGGUUCAGACCAACACCUACCUUGCUGUUACAAGCAUUGCCCCAAACAUCACGGCCGGCCCUUCAGACAGCACUGUGAUUGAUGGGAUGUCAGUCAUUCUGCACUGCGAGACCUCAGGAGCACCCCGACCUGCAAUCACCUGGCAAAAAGGAGAGCGUGUGCUGGCGAGCGGCUCAGUUCAGCUUCCACGGUUUACUCUCCUUGAGUCAGGAAGUUUACUCAUAAGCCCCUCCCACAUAUCAGAUGCUGGCACCUACACUUGCAUGGCCAGCAACUCGCGUGGCAUAGAUGAGGCAUCGGCCGACCUUGUGGUCUGGGCACGUACGCGCAUCACUAAUCCUCCUCAGGACCAGAGUGUCAUCAAAGGAACAAAAGCCACCAUGACCUGCGGUGUGACGCAUGAUCCCAGUGUUUCAGUCAGGUUUGUUUGGGAGAAAGAUGGUCAGUUGAUCAUCGCUCAGUCUGUACCUCGACUGCGACUAGAUGUGAACGGAACACUGCACAUCACUCAGACCUGGUCAGGUGACAUCGGCACAUACACCUGCAGAGUGACAUCAGUGGGUGGCAAUGACUCCCGCAGUGCACAUCUACGUGUGAGGCAGUUGCCCCAUGCCCCUGAGAACCCCACUGCUGUGUUAAGUGCAACAGAAAAGAGAGCCAUAAACCUGACCUGGGCCAAACCUUUUGAUGGGAACAGCCCUCUCAUCCGCUACAUUCUGGAAGUGUCUGAAAACAAUGCUCCUUGGACUGUCCUAUUGGCCAACAUCGAGCCUGAGGUGACCGCAGUAACAGUAAACGGUCUGAUCCCUGCACGCUCGUACCAGUUCCGCCUGUGUGCCAUCAAUGAUGUUGGCAAAGGCCAGUUCAGCAAGGAGACUGACCGAGUGUCUCUUCCAGAGGAGCCGCCCAGUGCUCCCCCUCAGAAUGUCAUUGCCAGUGGACGCACCAACCAGUCGAUCAUGAUUCAGUGGCAGCCACCUCCAGAAAGUCACCAAAAUGGCAUCUUGAGGGGAUAUAUCAUCCGGUAUCGUCUGACUGGUCUGCCUGUGGAUAUCCAGUAUAAAAAUAUCUCCAACCCUGAUGUCACUAACCUGCUGUUAGAGGAUCUAAUCAUCUGGACUAACUAUGAGAUUGAAGUGGCAGCAUAUAAUGGAGCUGGAUUGGGCGUUUACUGCCAUAAGGUUACAGAGUGGACCCUCCAGGGAGUUCCCACCAUUGCUCCAGGUAACGUGAAAGCAGAGCCUGUCAACUCCACCACAGUCCGGUUCACUUGGACAGCCCCGAAUCCGCAGUUCAUCAACGGUAUCAACCAGGGCUACAAGCUGUUGGCAUGGGAACCAGGAAAGGAAGAUGAGAUGACAAUAGUGACAGUUCGGCCAAACUUUCAGGACAGCGUGCACGUGGGCCACGUAAACGGCCUGAAGAAAUUCUCUGAGUACUUCACCUCCGUUCUCUGCUUCACCACACCAGGAGACGGGCCACGCAGUCCACCACGAAGACUGCGUACACAUGAAGACACCCCUGGUGCUGUCGGACACCUGAGCUUCACAGAGAUUCUCGACACUUCGCUUAAAGUGAGCUGGAGAGAUCCCAAUGAGAAAAAUGGUGUUCUGACAGGGUAUCGUGUAUCAUGGGAGGAGUACAAUCGUACUAACACACGGGUCACACACUACCUGCCUAAUGUUACUCUGGAGUACAGAGUUACUGGACUGACAGCACUCACCACAUACACCAUUGAGGUGGCUGGAAUGACCUCCAAGGGUCAGGGUCAACUAUCAUCUUCAACCAUCUCCUCAGGUGUACCACCAGAGCUUCCUGGCCCUCCCACAAACCUGGCCAUCUCAAACAUUGGCCCUCGCUCAGUAACCCUGCAAUUCAAGCCAGGAUACGAUGGCAAGACCUCAAUUUCUCGCUGGCAGGUCGAGGCCCAGGUUGGUGUAGUGGGUGAGAACGAGGAUUGGGUGAUGGUCCAUCAGCUGGCCAAUGAACAUGAUGCUCGCUCUUUGGAGGUCACCGGCCUCAAUCCCUAUACUUUCUAUAGGUUCCGAAUGCGCCAGGUGAACAUUGUAGGCACAAGUCCACCCAGCCAGCCUUCCAGAAAGAUCCAGACCCUGCAGGCUCCUCCUGAUAUGGCCCCAGCCAACGUAACCUUGCGGACAGCCAGCGAAACCAGCCUCUGGCUUAGAUGGGUGCCUCUUCCUGAAUGGGAGUAUAAUGGGAACCCAGAUUCUGUGGGCUACCGUGUGCAGUACAGCAGGACUGGAGCCCAGUCUAAAGUUCUUCUUCAAGUCAUUACAGACCGCUUAGAGAGAGAGUUUACCAUCGAGGACCUGGAGGAGUGGACAGAGUAUGAGGUCAGAGUUCAGGCCAUCAAUGGCAUCGGAGCGGGACCCUGGAGUCAGCCUGUACGGGGAAGAACCAGAGAGUCCGUCCCCUCCUGUGGGCCUACAAAUGUUUCUGCAUUUGCCACCACAUCCAGCAGCAUUCUGGUCCGCUGGUUUGAAGUUCCUGAACCUGACAGAAAUGGACUCAUCCUGGGCUAUAAGGUGGUGUAUAAGGAAAAGGACUCUGACUCUCCUCUUCAGUUUUGGAUGGUGGAGGGAAAUGCCACCCAUAGUGUUCAGCUAAACGGACUGGGGAAGUAUGUUCUGUAUGAAAUCCAGGUCUUAGCUUUCACCCGCAUUGGAGAUGGCCGACCCAGCUCCCCGCCGAUCCUGGAGCGCACGCUUGAUGAUGUGCCCGGGACACCUGUGGUCAUUUUAUUUCCUGAAGUUCGCACCACUUCAGUCAGACUCAUCUGGCAGCCACCCUCUCAGCCCAAUGGCAUCAUACUGGCCUAUCAGAUCACUUACCGCCUAAACUCCACUAAUAGCAACACAGCCACAUUUGACGUGUUGAACUCCAGUGCACGACAGUAUACAGUCACAGGGCUGAGACCGGAAUCUGUCUACGUGUUCCGUAUCAGAGCGCAGACACGCAAGGGAUGGGGAGAAGCUGCUGAGGCUUUGGUGGUCACCACAGAGAAGAGAGCUCGACCUCAGCCCACCAGCCGUCCCACGGUGCCCCAGGAAAACGUACAGGCACGCAGCGUGCUGCUGUCAUGGGAACCAGGCAGCGAUGGUUUAUCUCCGGUUCGGUACUAUACCGUUCAAGUCAGAGAGCUGCCUCAGAAGAAUUGGACAGUCCAUUCUGCAUCUGUUAGCCACGAGUCCAGUUCCUACAUCGUAGACAGACUGAAGCCGUUCACCUCCUAUCAGUUCAAAGUGAAAGCUACUAAUGAUAUUGGAGACAGUGAUUACAGUGAAGAGAGUGAAGCUAUCACUACACUACAGGAUGCCCCAGAUGAAGCUCCAACCAUCCUCACUGUCAAACCAUACACCACAACCUCAGUUCUGAUUUGCUGGCAGCCCCCUCCUGAAGAAAAAAUCAAUGGAAUUAUUUUGGGAUUCCGAAUCCGAUAUCGGGAGCUGCUUUAUGACCGGCUCCGAAGUUACAGCGUUCACACUGUCAAUGGAGCUUCAACUGGCUGGGCAGAACUCACCUCCCCCUACAGCAUACGGAACAUCAGCGAAUCCUCCCUUACUCAGUACGAACUGGAAAAUCUUAUGAAACACAAGCGCUAUGAGAUCAGAAUGAGUGUGUACAAUGCUGUGGGUGAGGGACCAACCAGCUCACCACAGGAAGUCUUUGUGGGAGAAGCGGUUCCAACUGCCCCACCUCUAAAUGUGGUCAUCCAAUCAGCUACUGCCACGCAAUUUGAUGUAACGUGGGACCCGCCUCCGCUGGAGACUCAGAAUGGAGAUAUUCAGGGUUAUAAGAUCUUCUUUUGGGAAUAUCAACGGAAAAAUGAGACGGAGAAACUGCGUACUCUCUUCCUGCCUGAGGGAGGAGUAAAGCUCAAGAAUCUAACGGGCUACACCACCUACAUGAUCAGUGUCGCUGCUUUCAAUGCAGCCGGGGAUGGACCACGCUGCCCACCGACCAGAGGAAGAACUCAACAAGCUGCUCCCAGUGCUCCCAGUUUGAUCCUUUUCAGUGAGCUCACCACCACCUCUGUCAACGUGUCCUGGGGCAAGCCUGUUUUCCCUAAUGGUAUCAUUGAGGGCUACAGACUCAUCUACAAACCCUGCAUGCCUGUUGAUGGCGUUAGUAAGAUCGUGACGGUGGACGUGAAGGGGAACGCACCCCUGUGGCUGAAAAUCAAAGAUCUGGCUGAUGGAGUCACGUACAACUUCCGCAUCCAUGCCAAAACCUUCACCUACGGUCCAGAGGUGGAGGCCAACAUCACCACAGGACCUGGAGAUGGAGCACCGGGCCCCCCUGGUGAACCCUUCAUCUCUCGAUAUGGCUCCGCCCUGACCAUCCACUGGGCCAAUGGGGAUCCCGGGCGGGCACCUAUCACACGCUAUGUUAUUGAGGCCAGACCCUCAGAUGAAGGUUUAUGGGAUAUUUUAAUCAAAGACAUCCCCAAAGAAGUGACAUCAUACACCUUCAACAUGGACAUCUUGAAACAGGGAGUCAGCUAUGAUUUCCGGGUGAUUGGGGUGAAUGACUAUGGAUACGGGUCUCCAAGUCAGCCUUCACCAUCGAUAUCAGCCCAAAAAGUGGCUCCAUUCUAUGAGGAAUGGUGGUUUCUGGUGGUGGUGGCUCUGGUUGGCCUCAUUUUCAUCCUGCUGCUUGUUUUCAUUCUAAUCAUCAGAGGCCAGAGCAAGAAAUAUGCCAAGAAAUCUGACUCAGGAAACAACUCCAACUGUAACGCACUGACACAUGGAGAGAUGGUCAGCCUGGAUGAGAGCCGCUUUCCCGCCCUAGAGCUAAACAACCGAAGACUGUCAGUCAAAAAUUCUUUCUGCCGCAAAAAUGGCGUCUAUACCAGGUCUCCACCUCGACCCAGUCCAGGCAGUCUUAACUACUCUGAUGAGGAUGUCAGCACCAAGUACAAUGACCUGAUCCCAGCAGAGAGCAGCAGUCUCACAGAGAAGCCUUCUGAGAUCUCAGAUUCACAGGAGGCGCUUGUUUUCUCCUUUAAGACUGGGGGCCUCCAUCAUACUCUUCCAACUCAAGGGGGCAGCGACAGCGAAUAUGAGGUGGAUCCUAACCGGCAGAAGACUCAUUCGUUCGUUAACCACUACAUCAGCGACCCCACCUACUACAACUCCUGGCGUAGGCAGCAGAAGGGAAUAUCUCGAGUACAGGCCUACAACUACACUGAAUCAGAGUCUGGAGAUCCCAAACCCAGUGCCCCUCCACCACCUCUGCCCCCUCUACCCCCAUUCCCCCCACAGCUAAGUUCACCAACACCCCAGAGCCAGUCCCAGACUGGCACCCUCUUCAGACCCAAGGGCAGCCGAACUCCUACUCCCUCCCAGCAGAGCUCAAACCCGCCAAGUCAGCAUGGCACACUUUAUCGUCCCCCGAGCAGUUUGGCCCCUGGCUCAAGGGCCCCAAUUGCUGGCUUCUCAUCAUUUGUUUAAUAGAAUGAAAAUAUAUGUACAGAGGAAUAAAAUAUGAAGGCAGAAAGAUCUUCUACUUUUCCAAAGCCUGGUCAAACGUAUGUAGAAGUAUGACAGCAAAUAUCAACCCUGGAUCUGUUGCGCAACGUCAUUGCAAGCUUAUUUUUAUUUUUAUACUCUUUAUUUGGUCUCAGAAUUGCACACAGAUGCCAGAGGUGUAUUUGCUCUUUGGUUUCUUUGCUUGUGUGUGUUGCUUUCAGUGUAUGUUGCUUCAUAUGAAAGACAAUCACUUGAAAAGACAAGCAAUGAGAAAAGUGAGCUUUUUUGUUUAAGUUGGGGUUUGUUUGUGCUGCACGUGAAACUGCAUGGCUUGAUUACUUUUUCAAAUUAAUUUAGUUUUUCAUCUUGUUUUAAUUUUUUUAAUUUUAAUUUUUUACUAUAAUUAUUUGUUUAUUUUGUUCCAUAUUAUACAGUUAAACACAAUCAAAGUAAGUUACAUAUGCUGGACAAGAGCACCAACACAUGAAAAAUUAAUAAAUAAUAGGGCCUGUCUAAGGUGAAAAUAUUGUGUUGUAUCUUAGCACUUAACGUAACGGUGUUUGGGACAUCAAGAAAAAAGCAAAACUUUAAAAAAUUAUUUUGACUCCUUACGCUUUUGACAAAGUACUUGGGUGAGAAGGAAAAGUUACAAAGUUCAUUCUGAUCAAGCGACUAAGAGACUGUGAUCUGAUGAAGACUUGCCAGCACUUAGAACAUGUAAGAGUUGGAAGGCCAGCAUAAUCUAUUGAUGUGACAGGUACAUUUUCACCAGUGCUUUAAAAAGGCCACGGGUCAAAUUAAGUGCUUCAUGCUAAAUAGUUUUUUGAAUGUUUUUCCAGAGGGGAAAUGUGCAUUGUGUUUGUAAAGUUGAUGAUAGGAGCUCAAGUAUAUUUCCCAUGUGAAACUGAUGGGUCAAAGGCCAAAUAUGUAAAAGCCUCAUUUAGUGUUAUACUAUUAUACUUUUGCUCUGGAUCAAGCAUUCAGAGUUAUUAAUGUCAGCAUUAGGUGUGUUGAGGGCGUGUCAUUUGUUGCUCCUUUUGAUUUGACUCUAUGAUGUCAUCCUGAGCUUUAGGUCGUAUUUCCCCUGUACAAAUGUUACCGUCGGACACAAAAAUAAACAGCAGAGAUUAUUCUUUUUCCAGCAUUUCAAGCAGUGCUGGACUUCAAAUGCCUAGCGAAAAGUUUCUAUUCUCACACUUCUUCAUUACGGAGAUCUUUCAAAGACAUUUACCACUACCAAGUCAUCUUUGCCGUUAAUGGCUUUACUACAUGGAAGCUCUGAUUAUCUGGCAAGAUAUUAUGUCAUAGCUGAUAACAUUUCAAAGAUUGUGCAACCAAGCAAAUGUAUUUUACCUGUGUACUUUGGACCACAUGGAUAAUUCACCACUUUGCUUUGGCACGGAUAUUUAAAGUUUCAGAAGAUAAAAGAAAACGGACUAAGGGACCUGACAUGAAGCCAGCAGAGAACAAAAUGGCACUUGCACAGCUUAUUUUUGUGGUUUAAUGAUGUCGUUUGCUCUUUCUUUUCUGUGAAGUGAUGUUACUGUGUGUACUGUAUAAACAAGGCCAAUCACAUGCUCAGUCUGCCUGAA